AGGCUGUAAUUGAGCUGUGAAUCCAUUCUGUAGAAAUUCAAAGUGCCAACCCUCAGCUGCAUUUCACCUAUAAUUCUAGGCUCCCGCCAUUGAUGGGUUUUGCAAAGCUCUGCCACGAAAUUGAUUAAAUUAGGUUAAUGUGAUCGGGACUCUGUCUUAAUCUCGUGGCCAAUCGUCUCCCUGUCCGCUCAGAAUCAAGUUUGUAUUGAGUAUUGACUCAUUCUGAUUGAAUCCCCCACGAGCCAUGAAAUCCAGAGGAAGGAAACUCCACGGUAUCGAGGCAAAUCUAAAGCUGCCCGUUGUGUUUUUCUUGUGCUUGUGCUUCUUUCUCGCUGGGCUAUUCGGAUCUAUUAUCAUAUCUAAGGAUGUAAAUGGCGGAGCUUAUCGACAUAGACUGAUGGAAGAGUCUGAGGAUGAAAGCGUCGAUCCCAUGGUUCAUGGUGAAAGUGGAGAAUCCUCAAUCAGCUCUAUACCGUUCCAGGUUUUGAGUUGGAAUCCACGAGCUGUUUAUUUUCCUAAUUUUGCCACAGCUGAACAGUGCCAGACUGUAAUUGAAAAGGCUAAGGGUAAACUUAGACCAUCCGGACUUGCUUUGAGGAAGGGGGAGAGUGCUGAGACUACCAAGGGUGUUAGGACAAGUUCAGGCACAUUUCUUAGUGCAUCAGAAGACAACUCAGGAGUCUUGGAGUCUGUUGAGAGAAAAAUUGCAAGAGCAACAAUGCUACCAAGAAACCAUGGGGAGGCUUUCAAUGUUCUGAGGUAUGAGAUUGGACAAAGAUAUGUCAGUCACUAUGACUCAUUCAACCCAGCAGAGUAUGGCCCUAUGAAGAGUCAACGGAUUGCAUCCUUCUUGCUAUACUUAUCGGAUGUGGACGAAGGCGGAGAAACCAUGUUCCCAUUUGAGAGUGGCGCAAACAUGAACAGCGGAUACGAUUACGAAAGCUGCAUAGGUUUGAAGGUGAAACCGCGCCAAGGAGAUGGACUUCUGUUCUACUCAUUGUUUCCAAAUGGGACAAUCGAUAAGACAUCCCUGCAUGGAAGCUGUCCAGUUAUUCAAGGGGAGAAAUGGGUUGCUACCAAAUGGAUCAGAGACAAUAUCCACUGAAUUGUCGAUCUUGGAAUACCUUACAGGGUCAGUAUUUUCACUUUCUUGUUUUAGGUACAAAGGGCAGUUUGAUCCAAAUUUGUUAGUACAUAGAAACUUAUUUCUUGUCUUGUUCAAGAAAUUAAAUAUAAAAUAAUGCAAAUUUCAUCGUACCCGA